AUGAAACGUGUAUAUAAAUCUGGGGCCGCAAAAAAGGCAGAAAGAAAUAAAAAAGCAUUAUUAGCGAUCCAAUCAUCCCCACAUCAAAAAAAAUUAAGUUUUCCUACACUGGAACAAGUGCAGCGUGUUGCUGAGAAUAGUACGAAAAUGAAUAAGAAUUUCUUGUUUUUUAAUAAGCAUCCUAUACAACCUAUAAUGACUACUAAAGGUAAACUUAAUUUUAAAAGAAUUUAUUAUAAAGAGUUGCCAAAUGGCGAAGUGGUUCAAAGAAAAUGGAUAUCCUACUGUAUAGAAACAAAUUGUUUAUAUUGUUCUAAUUGUAUGGCUUAUGGAAAGCCAGUUAAUUUUGGAGAAAAAGAAUCAAAGUUCAUAAGUGGGUAUAAAUCUGAUAUUAAAUUACAAAAAUGCCUUUAUCGUGAUAUAGUGAGACAUGAAAAUUCACUAUUCCAUCAGAAUUCAUCAUGUACUGCAGUCCGUUUUCAAUUAAAUAAAGAUAUUGAGUGUAUUAUAAAUCGUGAUGUCAUGGCAAAAAGGUCUCAAGAAGUACAAAAUCGAAGACAAGUGCUUGAACGACUAAUAGAUAUUGUUAUUUUUAUUGGUCGUCAAGGCAUCCCAUAUCGAGGUAAAGCAGCAAAUUCUUUAAAAAAUAUUGAAGUAAACCAUGGUAAUUUUUUAGAACUAGUCAUGUUAAUUUCUAAAUAUGAUACUAUUUUAAAUCAACAUGUUAAAAUGUCAAUAACUCUUAGUGAAAAAGCUAAGUCUAAAAAAGGUCGUGGAUCUUUUAUUACAUUCAUGUCCAAAACUUUUAUAAAUAGUAACAUAAUUAUACCAAUUGGAGCAGCAAUUCAAGGUACAAUUGUUAAAGAAAUUAAAGAGUGUAUUAAGUUUAGUAUAAUGAUUGAUAGCACUCAGGAUGUAAGUGUUAUGGAUCAAUUAGCAAUAUGUGUCCGGUAUAUUUUCAAUGGUGUUGUGCAAGAACGAUUAUUAAAUUUGGUUGUUUGCCAUAACUCUAGUGGUAUUGGCCUUUUUAACUUAUUAAAAGAAGAAUUAAAAAAACUAGGAUUAAUGUUAAAUGACAUUGUUGCAUGUUCAUUUGAUGGCGCCGCCAACAUGAAAGGUAUUUAUAAUGGUUUACAGGCCCAUUUAAAAAGUGUAAAUCCAAACAUUGUGUACACACACUGUAUGGGGCAUGUAUUAAAUUUGGUAAUGAGUGAAUGUAGUACUGACAUUAAUUUGGCUGAAGACUUAUUUGGAUUAGUAGAGCAGACGGCUGUUUUUUUAUCAGAUUCCCACAAACGAAUGGAAACUUGGACAUCUAUUACUAGUGUAAAACAUACUGGUCAUGAUAAACUUUAUAGACUCCAAAAAAAUUGGUGCAACUAG